CUACGGCUACAUUGCAUAUUUUUUAUGAAAUGAAUAACGAUCGCCUUGAUAAAUUUUUGGUUUUUCCCUUUACUUUAAAUAUCCGUAGUAAAGAAAGACGUACGUAGAAUUUUAUCGAUUCAUUUUACUAAAAAAACUCCCCGUUAUAGAUUAUCUUACCACAAAUUAUCUAUAAAAUAUACCUAUCUAGACAUUAUUUCUUUUUCGUGCGGUUAAAAAGCGCUCCUGACACAAUUCCGAUUUACUUCUUGAAGAGAGCGGAGAUAGUAUUUUUGUAGGUUAGGAAUUUUUUCAAUCGUUUACGUUCGAAAAUGGCCGUGGACAUGUCGUCGCCUAAAGCCAAAGAAGUGCUUGCCAUCAUCAAGAAAGACAAAGUUGUUAUUUUCUCAAAAACCUACUGUCCCUACUGCAAAAUGGCCAAACAGGUCUUUGAUGAUAUGGGUGUUCCAUACACAUCUAUAGAACUUGAAGUCAGAGAUGACGGAGAUGAAGUACAAACGAUUUUGGGCCAGAUCACAGGAGGUCGAACUGUUCCUCGAGUUUUCGUCAAUGAAAAGUUUAUAGGUGGAGGAACUGAUGUAAAAGCCUUGUACGAAAAGGGAGAAUUGCAAAAGCUUGUAGGUUAAAUAUAUAAAAUAUUGUAACAUAUUCAAAAUUGUAAAUGAUAGUAACCACAAAAUACUUACACUCUAAUGAGGAAAUUAACGUUAAAUUAUUUUUCAGGUAAACAAGCUGUAGUGUUUUUUAUUGUUUUUAAAAAUGUUAUUUGUAUAUUAGUUUUAAUUUAAUAUAUUAUGUAUAAUUUAAAAUAUUUUAAUACAAUUCUUAUGCUAUGCACUAAA